AUGGCCUCGCAAUCGCAGAAGCCUGUCCGAGUUGGACUCGUCGAGCAGCAACAGCAGCAGCCAGAGCAGCCUGGACGAACCUCUUCCCCCGACAAGAGCUCACCAUCACACCUCUUCGCGGGAUGGAAUGAGGGCUCGUUAUCCCUACCCUGCGGAUCAGGACUACGCCCUCCACACCCACCAUCACCACAGCCAUCACCAAAGACACAACUCGCCUCAAUCAACCCUUUCGAGAGCAGACGACCCCUUCGCUUGGGAGAACACUCUCAAGGGGCUCUGAGGCUCCCAACCGCUGCUCCAGCCGACGACAGCUUCUUUGCUUUGCCCAAGAAUAACACCUCAGAUGAACAUGCAUUAUCCAGAACUCCAACUAUUGAGUACGAGCAUAAGUCACUCACCUCAGCUGAGUACGAUGGACUGACAUCUACUAGAUUACACCCUGCACAACAUAAACCAGCAUCGACUAAUGCUGUGCCAACACCAACACCCUCUUCCAGUGAUAAGUGGUCGUCCUCAGAGGCCAGCAGCUAUGCUCAUGUUCUGCAAAGAGAGCGCGUCACGAAAAAGAACUUCAAAAAAGUCAUGGUAGCUCCUCCGCAUCUCUCGCUACCAAGUUCAUCUUGUCCAGCUCCACCUCGCAACAUUGUAUCUUCACCUGCCAUCAUCAUGCAAUCAGCUCCACCCAGUCCUAACUUUCAACCUCCUCUCAAAUCCAUGACUUUCUCCGAAGCAUUCAAUGAACCCCGCAACGCGUCCCCGCACCGUCAAGACGCUACCCAUCAGCAUAUCUCUUUCUACAACUCGAAAAUCAAGAAUCGUCGUGCGAAGGCUUCUAUCACACCGGGACACGCUGUUGAUACUUCAAGCCGCAAGACUUCCAUCAGUAGCCCUUCAAGAGGUCACCAUAGAAGUCUAGCAUAUGGAAACGCUAGACCUCGCAUGACCACACGAACCAAGUCAAGCGACUCCAUACCUAGACAAGGCACUCGACAAAGACCCGACAAUCCCGGAGAUCCAGUCUCUUUUGUCAGCACAGUGGGCUCAAUUGCGGAUCCCAUGGCACAAGAACCAGAAACGAAGCCUGCGCCCCCUCAACCUGAAGAAGAAGCACCGAAGCAAGAAUUCCUGCGAGUGUUGACCGUACACAGCAUCGUGCAAGCUCCAAUAAAAAGAGAGGCCACUAGAGUGCUGGAUGCUGAAAGUCCAUACCGACGUCAAUCGAAACAGUUCUCAGUCAUGUCAAGGUCACCCUCGCCUGGAUUGCGUUGCUUUGGUCUACUCCACCGGGUGUCCCGUCGAAGAAGAAGAAACACGCACGCGUCUAUCCAAACUGCAUACACAGGCAAAAGCGUCGCUCCCAAACGCAAGGACUCGUAUGUCGGGGCCGAUGGACGAGAGUACAUACAUCGACCAAUACCUGGAUUGAGCUUCUUGCCGUCUAAAAUGCAGCGAGUCAACACACCUCCAGUAGGCAGGGGAACGCAGAGCUCGAACUCAAGGUCACGAGGAUUCUUUUUCGAUUACACCAACCCUCCAGGUACAGGCGAGGAAGCAGAGAUACGACGAGAUUCUGUCGCAGGAUCGACAGAACUGAGAAGAAAGCCGAGCUCUCCAUAG